CACCCCUGCCCAAUGAACCCGGGCAACAAGUACAAGCCAUUCAAGCCUAUACACCUCCCCAACCGCCAGUGGCCCUCAAAGGUACAGACCACUGCGCCCAUCUGGACCUCGGUCGAUCUGCGGGAUGGCAACCAAGCCCUGGUCAACCCCAUGUCAGGAGCUCAGAAGAUCAAGUUCUUCCAGAAGCUCGUACAGACGGGAUUCAAGGAGAUCGAAGUCAGCUUCCCCAGCUCGGGUGAGACAGACUUUGACUUCACCAGGGAAAUCAUUGAGAAGGGAAUGAUCCCAGAUGACGUCUGGAUCCAAGUCCUGACACCAGCAAGGGAGGAGCUGAUCAGGAAGACAUUCGAAUGCAUCAAGGGAGCCAAGAAUGUCAUCAUGCACAUGUACAAUGCCACCUCGCCCCUCUUCAGAGAAGUCGUCUUCGGCAAUGACCAAGACCGUACAGUGGCCCUGGCCAUCAAGCACACCAAGAUUGUAGCAGAGCUCAUGGACCACUACUCGAAACCCGAAAAUGGAGGUACCAACUUCAAGUACGAGUACAGCCCAGAAUGCUUCACACAGACCGAGCCAGACUUCUCUCUGCGGGUCUGCGAGGAGGUGAGGAAGGCUUGGGGAAAGAGCAGCAAGGACAACAAGAUCAUCUUCAACCUGCCAGCGACAGUCGAAGUCGGACCUCCCAACCACUAUGCAGACAUGAUCGAGUACUUCUGCACAAAUAUCUCCCAUCGCGAGGAGAUCAUCGUCUCCCUGCAUCCUCACAAUGACCGGGGAUGCGCGGUGGCAGCCGCUGAGAUGGGACUUCUGGCAGGAGGCGAUCGAAUCGAGGGAUGCUUGCUGGGCAAUGGAGAGCGAACAGGAAACGUGGACAUUGUCACUCUGGCCCUCAACCAAUUCUGCCAAGGGAUUGUCCCUGGUCCUCUAGACAUGACUGACCUCCAGUCGAUUGUGGAUGUGGUAUCGGGCUGCAACGACAUCCCUGUCCACCCUCGUCACCCAUAUGCAGGUGAGCUAGUGUUCACAGCGUUCAGCGGCUCGCAUCAGGAUGCCAUCAAGAAGGGCUUCAAGGUGCAAGAAGAGAGGAACGCCAAGGGUGACCCUACAUGGGACAUUCCCUACCUGCCCAUCGACCCUGCCGACCUGGGCGCUACUUACGAGGCCAUCAUCCGCGUCAACUCUCAGUCUGGCAAGGGUGGCAUUGCCUACCUUGUGGCUCAGUCACUGGGUCUGGACCUGCCGCGCAAGAUGCAAGUGGCAUUCUACCAAGUUAUUCAGCAGGUGUCUGAGAGGACUGGCAAGGAGAUGGUCACCGAGGACAUCACCCGUGCCUUCUGCGAGACAUACCACGUGCCGCACCUGUCCAUUGGAAAGAAUGAAGGCCGAUUGAGCCUCAAGUCCUUCUCCCUCGCCGACGACAUGCCGGAUGCAGGAGCAGUGACGGCGCAGGGCGAGGAUGGAGCAGAGACGCCGAGGUACCGUCGCUUCACCGGCUCGGUUGCUCUGGACGGCAAGGUGCACCAGCUGACAGGAAGGGGCAACGGAGCUCUUUCGGCGCUGUGCGAUGCAUUGAGCCUGACGUUCAACAUCAAUGCCUCUAUCCGCGAGUACUCGGAGCACGCCGUGAGCCAACCGGGUGUGGGUGCAGUGGGCGUGGGCAAGGGCAGGGGUGGCGCUACGCGCUCGCAAGCUGCAUCAUACAUUGAGCUGGUGGACACGGACGAUGAGGAUCAGGCUGGUCACAAGGCAAAGGGAUACUGGGGCGUGGGCAUCGAUACGGAUGUGACUGCGUCGAAUAUCAAGGCGCUCCUCUCGGCUGCGAGCAACCUGAUCUUGAGCGAAAAGGAGGUGGUGGACCAAGCUGCCAAGGCCAUUGUCGAGGCAUGAGUGGGAGCUGAAGAUGUCACUCAGCCUUGCUGCGCGAUGCUGCGCCAUACCAAAAUGUACUGUUGAUGCCGUCUGCUGCUACUCUCGCU